AUGCAGCAUCCUGAAUAUCGCCACGGCCCGGAUCAAUAUCGAUGGCAGGAAGACGACCUCACAUCUCCCGCCUUCGAUCCCUUAACAUCUCCUUUGCCCUCGCCUUUGCCCUCGCCUUCGCCCUCGCCCUCGCCCUCGCCCUCGCCCGCACUGUCAGCGUACUCCUACUCUUCCACAUCGAGUGCCGACGACUUUUCCGACCAUGAGCCAGACCUCGACGUCUUGUCACUGGAAGCGAUCGAGGAGCCACAAUACCGCUUGACGGAACCGUUAGCCUCAUUGCAAGGCCAUUAUGGACCUGCCCCCGGUCUUGCUUGGUCCGAUGUAGACCCUCGACAGUCGGCUCUUCCGAGCGGCGCUGCGACACCCGUUGCUUCUCAAUCCUCUGCAUCGCUUCGAUUCAUGGAAACUGCACGCGCUACAUCUCCUUCUCCGACCGGCGCUGGUCUUUCCGCCUUUUCAUCUCUCUACCGCAGUCAGUCACCAAGGCAGGCCUCCGAAAGCUCGACAGCCUCAUCUCAUCCCACUUCCAUCGUCAACGACCUCUCACUCGGCAUAGCAAGGCAGCCCUCGCCACCCGACUCGGAUGAGGAGCCUAUCGGUCGCGAGGCCGACGCAGAUGGCUUCGACGCCUUGGAUGUCGACGAAGAGGACAUGCACGCAGAUGGCAUCCCUGCAGCUCGUGGUUGGCGACUCGAUGCUCGACAAGCCGACACCACCCAAUUCAGGGCCAAGGUGCUCCAGCUCUUCUCUGAACAGCUCCGUCUCAACGGUUGGACUCAAGACACGCUCGAUUCAUCCCUUUGGCCCCUCCAGCCUGAUCAGCUCAAAUUGAAACGAAUCAGCGGUGCAUUCACCAACGCCGUCUUCUUUGCCAGCUAUGACGCUGCACACUCGUCCAUACCGACCCCAGGCCCUCCGACUGUCUUGCUCCGCGUCUAUGGUGCCAGCUCAGAAGCGCUUCUCUCAAGACGUGCUGAGCUCCUCAUCCUGCACACAUUGUCGAGUCUCUACGAGAUUGGUCCCCACAUCCUUGGCACCUUUGCCAACGGUCGAGUGGAAGAGUUCUACGAUUGCGACCCUAUUCAAAAGGAAGGCAUGCGAGAUCUCGGAGAUCGAGAGGCUUACAUGCUGCCAGCUGGCAGCUUGGUAGUCAAGGGGCGCGAAGGCCGUGCGCAUUGGGUAGCACGACGCAUGAACGAGCUCCAUUCAGUGCCGCUCGAGGUCAUGCGCACCGUUCUUGAACAGGGUAACUUGCGCGGUCCCAGCGAGAAGGGUUUCGGUAGAGGCAUAGAGAACCACAUUAUGGCAAGCUCGCACCGUCCCAGGCGCAAGGCUCGUCAUUGUCACACUUCCAGUCUUGCCGACAAAGAUGUCGCCUCACCCCACCUCUAUGGCCUUGACUCUCGUGGCAUCAUGCGUGCAAGUCCAGCACCCAUGGCGCCCAACGAAGCCUCACCGGCCGCUGCCAUGGAUAUGAAACCAAGCUAUGCAUUUGCGCAUCGCAAUAGCUCAACCGUCUCGCUCGAUUCGUUGGCAACAAGCUACAACUCGCAGUCCAGCUUCUUUGGCGACAGUCCAUCCUUGAACGGCGCCACCAGCCCUUCGCCCUCCAACUCUUCUGCAACCGACCCACCGAACUCCUUCUUCCCUCCUCUCCUCAACGCGCCCAUGAGCCCGCUUGCUUUGGCUCCUCAGCGACGAUCCUCACAGAAGCAAAAGUCGCCCCGUGGGCCUUAUCCCGGUGUCUGGCGUCGACUAAAGCGAUGGUCACGCGAGGCCGCAAAGGUAAUCGAGCUCCUCGAUGGCUUUGCAAAGACGGAGAGCGGCGCCAAAGCCAUCGCCAUGUGCUUCUCUGGCCAUCCUUCCAUUCGCCAAGAACUGCAGGCCAACCCGAACGCACUCACCACAGCUACCAUCGGACAAACACCUGGCAACCUCCGCAACACGCUUAGAGCUAUUCGCGCCAUCGACCUUGUCUCUCUGUACCGCGAGGUAGAAGACUUCAAACGCUUCGUCCGCAAGUGGGAGCGGCGCGAGGGUCCUUCCCGACGAGUCUUUGCUCACAACGAUGCACAAUACGGAAACCUGCUUGCCAUCAAACACCUCAAUGCUGUCGCUGCGACCUCGGCUGCUCAACCAGAUCAAAGGUUCCGAGAUGCCAAGUCUCCUUCCGUCGACACGCCAUCCAUCCCGGCCGGCAUGCCCCGUUUGCCUUCGCACGACAGCAGACGUGAUAGCUCUGCUUCUGUUACCGGUUCGCAGAGCCCUGUCUCCAUCAGAUCCAAGAGCCGAAGCCGCGUCAACUUCAAGAAGCCUCCACCGCUUCAUCAUCGCAUCGUUGUCAUCGACUUUGAGUAUGCUAGUCCUAAUCCACGAGGCUACGAUAUUGCCAACCACUUCCAGGAAUGGCGUGCCGACUAUCAUCACCCCUCGCACUCUUGGUCUCUGACUCAUCAUGGCAGCUAUCCAGAUGCACAGCAACGUCGCAAAUGGCUUCGCGCUUACGUCGAACAGGGGCGUCUCCUCCGCAUGGGUGUACGACCGACCAAAGGCGGCGGACCCGUGGCGCUCGACGUACCUAGCGAUAUCUCACUGCCUCCGCCUGUCUCACAACUUCAGUACCCAGCAUCCGAAACCACCAUCAAAGGACCCAUCACUGCAGAGAAGCCAAGCGCGCCGACGACGCCGGGCACGGGAGCUGCUCAGGUGGCUGCGCUUCAGAAGUCUUCUGGUGAACGCAACCGUCCGUCUAUAUCGCAGAACAGCUCAAACGCUUCUACAUUAUCUUCUACGACCAGGAGGAGCUCAACUAGUUCAGCAGCCUCCGGACGCGACUCCAAGCUCAGCCAAGCACUCACACGGAAGAGCAGCAACGACUCGAUCUCUUCAUCGUCCUGGCAGGCGCCUCCGUCUGGCAACCUUCGAGCUAUCAACUCGUCUGCUCCAAGCACUCCAGCCAGCUGUCUGGCUCCAAUGUCUCCAAUUUUGGACGGAUCAGCUUCUCCCCAGGUGAUGGCACUAGCCUCGUUGGAUGCGAGUAUCGAGAAGGAGAUUGACCGGCUGGAGCGCGAAGUGAUGCUGUGGAGUCCUGCUACCCACGCUGUCUGGGGCUUGUGGGGCAUCGUCUUUGCCAAGGAGGAGCUUGAGUCGGUGCUUGCCCGAGCCAAAGCGGAGGCUGAGGGUCAGGCUGUCGAAGAGACGGUAUUGACCGAGGCAAGCACCCAAGCCGUCGGCGCCGCAGGGAGCGCCGAGACUUUCGACAAUCUGCGAUAUGCACUUGGCCGCAUCGAGCUUUUCCGUUACGAAUGGAGUCAACUCAAACAUUUGGGCAUCGAAAACAUCUGA